AAUCCAAAUUUAUAUGAGCCAUGACAAUAAUAAAAGCGAAACAGGAACACACAUUUUAAGAUACAACUGAUAACAAUCGGAAGGACGUAUCUCCAGCACUCCCGGGAUGAAUAUAAGAUGGCCUCAAGGCAUAUAUACAAAGUCACCGGUGCGUGUGGGUGAAUACUGCGCAGUACUACCUGUUUGAAAAUAAUGGGGAUAUCAACAUUUUAUCUUAUUGGAGGGGUUUGGCAUCCAAUGAAAAUCACAAUGAAACAGGAUAUUAUUCUGUAUAAAUACCUGAAACUAAAUCGGAUUCAAUAUUCCUCUCUGUCAGCUGGUUGUGAAGUGAAGUCUCAGUACAGGAAAUUCAAGAAGAUGGAAUUUGCAUCACUAUAUGCUGUUGUUCUCCUUCUGGCCGUGUGUUCUGCAGUACAGUGGAAACAUAAGACAGGGCGUGUUCCAAAUGGGGAUAAGGUUCCAUUUGACAUCGCAAUGGAUGGGAAGACAAUGAUUACAGUUUCCCACAAGCCUGAGGGUUCUGCAGAAAACUUCAGAGAGACAACUAACUUGUUUGUCUUCAAUAGGAAUCUGGUGGCAAUUCGCGACAGUGUGGACAAAAAGUGUUACAUCCAACACACAGACCUGACAUAUGCAGCAAUGCAGGCAGUGGUGAACGGCGACAGACAGGACACAACCGGGGAUGAAACAGAAGGCCAGGAGGAGAGGAUAGAUGUCUCCAGUCUCACUUGCAAGCCCUUCACACCAUUUGCAGUCAAACUCCUCUUCGGUGAUGAAAUUGAGUCGUUCUGUCGCUUUCACGACGUGUACUUCCUUGAUGACUCCAAUGUCGAAGUGGUUGGAAAGGAAGUUGAACCAAUGAGAGAUGGCCCUGCCAACUUACGACUGAGGAGAGACGUCGAGAUUUCGAUUACAGUAUCUAUUGGACCUUUCAGGGUUAAAGUGACUGUCAAAUUUUAGUGAUGAGUCACCUCAUAUUUUUACCUGAGUUUGACAAUGUAUUUUGACACUGAAUAAUUGUAUUUUGUUGGCGAUUUGUUGGUCAAUAGUAUGUUGGGGCAACAUUUAUUUACUAUGUAUGUGCAAUGCACGCUCCGUGCAUAUGUGUUAAAAUGCAGAUGUGACCAGGAUUAUGUGUGCUUAUAUAAAACAAUUAGUGAUAAGAAAAAAGGAAACUUAUCAAUAAACUCAAAAGUUCAUGUAUCAUCAAUAUAAUUUCUGUUUGUUUUCUGUGAUCUGGCGGACUCAUAACAAAGGGAUACACGACAAUAGUUGGAGACAAAUAUCUCAGAAGAGCAGUACAUAUUCCACGAUACUGGACUGGAGUGUUUUGAGUUUUGAGUUUACAGAAUUAAAACGGCUAUUUUUAAUUUAUUUGUUGUAAUGAUGUGAAUCAAAAGUUGACAUCGUACGUUAACAUGAUUAUUGAAUAUGGUGUGCCUUCUGUAGCCGAUGAUACACAUCUUUUGAUGUUCAUAUGGCAUAAUGGCAGUAACUAUUCACAGGAAUGGAAAUGAUCUACUGUGGCAAACUAUCAGAAAUUUGAAAAAUGAUAUAUUUAAUGACUCGUCUCUUUGGGUAAUUGGCGGUCCGUCGACAGUCACGGCUUACCAAUUUCUUCCUGAAUUAUUAGAAGGGUCAUUUCUUAGCUCUCACUUAGCACAUAACUAUAUAUAAUUACAUGUCAUCACAACAUACUGUCAUAUCUCUUUGAAUAUGUAUGUAAAUAAUGUUUCAAUGUCCUGUGAAUGUCUCAUGGAACGUAUUUUAUGUCCGAUUGUUCCUUAUUUUUUUUAUGAAUAAAAAUUAAAUAAAGCU